AUGAAGCUGGCGAAGCUCCCUUCUGGUUUCUCUCGCGGCUGCUUUUUUUUCUACGGAUAUGGUCGUGCCGGCAUUGAUUCGUCGGACAAGCCACUGGAAGAAGACGGCGGUUGGAUUCGACUCCCUUUCGUGUUCGGCGAGGGCGCUUUACUAGCCAAUGUCACAAUUGGCAAUCCCCCGCAAGUGGUCGCUUUUGCUCUAGAUACUGGUUCAGCAGACAUCUGGGUGGAGAGCGCGGCGAACCCCUUCUGUGAAGAACUUGAGGCUGCCGGUGCUGCACGGACGUGCGCAGGGAAGACCUUUAACUCUUCCACAUCUUCGACCUUCAAUAGCAUCCCCAAUGAGUUUUAUAUUCAAUAUUUCGAUAAAACUUAUGGUCAAGGUCUCUAUGCAACUGAUACUUUUGGGAUCGGUGGCGCGACGCUGUCGAAUCAGACGUUCGCUGUAGCGAGCAAAGGAAAUCUCACUCAUGGUGUCAUUGGACUGGGUUACGAGUUCACAGAAAGCUCAACUACUACCUAUGAAUAUUCUGGAAUUUUGCGCUCUCUGAGGGAACAGAGAUAUAUCGGUGCUAUGGUCUAUUCGCUCUAUACCAAUGAUUUGUUCACGGAGGGCAAUAUUCUAUUCGGUGGCAUCGAUCGGGCAAAAUACGACGGCGACUUGGUGCCGUUGCCCAUGGUGCCAGAUAUCGAUGGAUAUUACACACAUGUGGGCAUUGAACUUCAAUCUCUCCAGCUAGAGUUUCCGGAUAAGAAGACUCACACCUUCAAUUCGAGCAUCAAUUUACCCUUUCUUGCUGAUUCGGGCACCACUCUGCUGCAAUUUCCGACUGAUAUUUUUAUGAGCAUCGUCGAUUACUUCGGGGCCGAGUACAACUCCACCAUCGGCUUUUACACAUUCACUGGCUGUUCCAAAUAUGUGCCAUUUGAGUCAGAUCAAUACAGCAACUAUUCUAUGGUUUUUGGCUUUGAUGGUAUAACCAUCAAAGUAACAUUGGAUUACUUGGUCAACUUUGUUAGUGCCGACGACCACGAUCUCUGUCAAAUCAUUAUCAGCUAUACGGAUGAUCCAAGUUAUUAUAUUCUUGGAGAUACGUUCCUCAAUUCAGCCUACGUGGUCUACGAUUUUGGAUACAACAGGGUUUUUCUAGCCCAAGCUAAUUUUGAUGUUGAGAACGAAGAUAUUGUUGCGGUUCGUAAAGGUCUGGGCAAAAAUGCGAUUGCGGAUGCUAUCGCUUCCUAGAGACUUUUUGUUUUUUCGGACUGUUUGGAAGUAUAUUCUCGAGUGUCAAUAAGACGCAUAAUGUUGUGAUAUUUCGUUGUUCAGCCACGCGACUGAAAAAGAACUUCCGGAGUUUUCUGUUAUUUUUACUGUAUAAAUAUAUUUCUGAACUCAAUAAGUUUCCAACUGGC